AAGCAUCACUUCUUCUUCCUCCACUCGUACACAGGGAGUUCAACUGAUCUUCUGCUCCGUCGGUUCUGAUAAACGGCAAUCGCCAUAUGUAUAGAUAUAUAUAUAUAUAUGUAUAUAACUAAUGGAUAACUUUUCGCAGUCUGUGAGGUCAACGAUCGCUCCUUUUGUAUGCGUGAUCUAACGGAUCAAACUCUGUCUUCUCCAACUCUUACAAUCUGAGUCUCUGAUAAAUUGGAUUACUGGGUCUUGGGGUAUAGCAUCAAAGUUUACAAAUUUGGCUAUUUCAAUUGUGCUAGAACUGGAACAAUAUGCGGUGGUGGAUUCUAUCAGUUGACGUGUUCCGCAAAGCCUUUGCAUUGAACUUAUAUUGUAGGGUUAUUUUAUAAAAUUGCUUCCUUUCCAUUGAAAUCAAUUUUGCUUCUAGUCCCUGGUUUUCAUCUUUCCAUGGGAUCCGAUCACUUUGUUUUCAACCCGUGUUAUAUCUGUAGGAUUAGCUGAGAGAAAAAAAGGCCAAAAACAACUUGAACUUUCCGUUACUUUCUUGUCUUCUGUUCGGUUGAUAUCUCAAGUCUCAACAAUCUAAUCAGUCAUUAGUCUAUACAUCUAGUUCGGUUCAUUUCUGCUCUAUUUUGUGCUACUUGUUAUUCGCGGAUACUGCAUUGUGAUUGACGGUAGAAAGAAGUUAUGGUGUGCCAAGCAGCAAGCCAAACGAGAUUCCGGGCAUUGAAACAUGAGAAUGGGAUUGCAGGGAGAGCGACCAUUAUAGUUAGAGUGAUAGCAUGUUUUCAACCUUUGCAAGAUUGCCAGGCCGAGUACUUCCGUCACUUACUUAAACCUGUUACGUAAUUUGGGUUCACGUUUGCACCUUCACAUCAAGCUGGGAUUUAGUUUCUAUUUUCCAUUUUUAUUCCUCAUUCAAGAAAGUGAUUUUGCACAUUAGAGAUACCAAGUACUUCUAUAUUCUGGUUUACUUGCUUUGGCUGGAUGGUUAAGGCUGAAGCCUCUUGGCUGUUACAGCAGAGUUCUGCUUGUGAUUUGGCCAACUUGAAUUGCACGAGCAGGCUGUUACAGCAUGGGCAACAAAGUGUUCUUCCAUCUCCCACGAACCAUUGCAUGGUUUCUACUGAUGUGACAUUUCCAGGUUUUGGAGUUCCUGGUCUCCGUGGUCCUGGAAUUGGUCAAAGUAAUGGAGUUCCUGGGUGGUUUCAGCACAGGCCUCAUCAUCGUUUGGAGAACUUGCCUGCCACUUUAGGCCCAUAUCUCCAGGAAAAGCCAUAUGCCAUAUGUCAUGGGCAUGGGGUCGAGGCUACGCCAAAUGCUGUAUCUGGGUCUACACAGAAAAAAUUUAUCAUUUUUGAUCACUCUGGGAAUCAUACAAGAUUGUUUUUCAGUCCACAUUGCUCUCCUUCCCAGAAUCCAAUUGUUCCACCAACAAAAUCCCUGAAUCCUUUUGAUUUUCAUGAAAGAAGACAGCCUGCAGCUAAGGUGGAGCAUAUUUUCCCCACCGAGCCUAUAAUUGAAGAAAAAUCUGAUGAGAAUCAAAUAAUUGGUGAGGCAAGUGAGAUGCAUGAGGACACAGAAGAAAUCAAUGCCUUGCUUUAUUCAGAUGAUGAUGGCGAUGAUAGUGAAGAAGAUGAAGUAAGAAGCACCGGCCGUUCUCCAUUUGCUAUUUGCAAGAAGCGUGAACAGACAGAAGAAAUAACGGAGGAAGUUUCUAAUUCAUAUGGUCCAAUGAAAAGGCAAAGACUGAUUGAUGGUGGUUACAAGAAAUCAUCAUUAAUGGCUGUACCUAGUUCAGCAGAACCACAUAGAUUCUUUUGCAAGUCUGACGAUGAUGCGGAAUCAAGCUGUGCCAAAGGCAGGAAUCAAGGGGAUGAUCAAAAUUCCACUAUAGGGACCAAGCAAUUGAAGGAUAAGAUCUGCGAGACAUUGAAAAUCCUUGAAAACCUUAUUCCUGGUGCAGCAAGAAAUGAUCCGGUGUUGCUUAUCGAGGAGGCUAUUGGCUACUUGAGUUAUUUGAAGCUCAAGGCCAUGGCCUUAGGCGUUGGCUAGCUACCUUUAAGAGCGGCCCCCCUUCCGUAAUAAUAUUGUGGGGUUGAAGGGAGGGAAAGAAGGGCAGUAAGUAAACCCCAUGGAGUUCUUAAACCGAAAUGAUUUAUGGGUUUGAAAACCAUACAGUGGCUUUGUGAAAGCGGUUGUGGCCUUUCUCCAUCUGUCUAAAGGAGCAGUUCAUAUUAUAAUGGACCAGUAAAGGCAAAGUUUAGUGGGGACGAAUUCGCACUUUACUCUGCUGCAGGUGGUGAAGAAAAUGGGGGGGCUUAUAAUUGUUGACUGGAAAUGAUUACUUUCAAGCUUUUGAGGGGGGCUUAAAGAAAGCAAGAUUUGAACACAUGGUUAUGUUGAUAUUGGUUUGGGGGGGGGGGGGGGGGCUGUGCUCUUGAGGAUCUUUAUUUCCUUCUUUUUCAUGGCACUGUUGAGGAGGCAGCCCAGCCCAUAGAUUAAAGGGGGCGGCAGUGCAUGCGUGUUAGGUAAUAUUGGGCCCUACCCUCCACACACCGCUCUUUGCUUCCCCACCUUUUCUUCUCUCUUUAAUAUUUAAGGCAGUGCUUGUGCUGGGGCCCCCACCCCAGCGAUGGCAUCCAUGACCAAAUCUUGUCGUAAAGGUUGGUUUGUUUGCAUGUGAUUGUGAAGUGAAGCUGGAGGUCGUACAGUGGUGGGUUGUUUGUGUGGUUGGCUUGCUUUUCUGGUGUGUUAGUGAAGUGAUCCUGUUGCAGACUGUUGUGUUCCUGAUUCUGCCACCAUGAACCCACCCGCUACCUGUACGCUAAUAGAUGAAAUUUCCCAGUUUGUUGCAUCUUUAUUGUUAUUAUAGUUAUUGGCAAGUAAAAGUUGAUGUAAACUGAGUUUGUGAACAGCUGUCAGCAGUAUCUUUGAUUUGUGUGAAUGGUGUGGUGUGGGGGACCUAUUUAUAUUUAUAUGGAUGCCUUUUAACUUGGGGUGCUGGGUGCUUUGUGCUGUGAGUGAGUUUGUCUUGAUUUGUUUUCAUGGUUAUGUGGGCACUGGGACUAUAUGCUUGAAAUGUGGCUCCGCAUUGGAAUAAAUUAUCUCACAAAGUUUCUCUUCUCUUUU